AUAUGAAAUAUUAAAGAUUCGGUUUAAGGCCGCGACAAGACUGCCGAAACGAUACCAACAUCUUUAGUGUUCCGAGAUGCCAAGAGCAUUCUUGUUGUGAACACUUCUUUUAUUUUCUAUGUUUAUUGACUUGAAAUCACGGUGCAGCGAAUACAACUCUGUGUUUUAUUAUUUGUUGACAUUUUAUUAACAAAGGAAAAAAUUGCGAAACUUGACUGCAUUCGGAAAAAUCCAAAAUAAUCGCAGACUAUUAAAAAAUAUUACCUAUUCAGCACGUACAUAAAUCAGUAGAUAUCAAAAAUAUUUGAAAGUGAAAACUUAGCUCAAUAUGGGAGCAGUUUUGGGAUUGUGCUCUGCAGCACAGUGCGCUCUCUGUUGCACCGGCACUGCGGCCAGCUGCUGUUGCAAUGCAUGCCCCUCCUGUAAGAAUUCCACUUCAUCACGCUUUAUGUAUGCCUUCAUGCUGCUGGUGGGCACUGUGUUGGGCGCUAUAGCACUAUCUCCCGGACUACAGGAUACUCUUAAAAAAUUGCCUUUUUGUAUAAAUUCCACCUCGACGGUUAGCGCCAAGGCAUUAUCUUAUACUGGGAAUCUGCAAGUCGACUGUGAAUAUGCGCUCGGUUAUAUGGCAGUUUAUCGCUUAUGUUUCGGAUUGGCUUGCUUCUUUAUGCUAAUGGCAUUAAUUAUGUUAGGCGUUAAGAGUUCACGUGAUCCACGUUCGUCUAUACAAAAUGAAUUUUGGGGAUUAAAAUUUUUAAUAUGUUUUGGUGCUGCUUUUGGUGCCAUUUUCAUACCGGAUGGCUCUUUCGGGCCAGCAAUGAUGUGGGUAGGAUUGAUUGGUGGACUAGCCUUCAUACUGGUGCAAUUGGUAAUAAUUGUGGAUUUCGCACACUCUGUGGCAGAAAAUUGGAUUGAAAAUGCUGAAAAUAAUCGUGGCUACUUUUAUGCUUUGGUCGGUGUUACACUUACCAGUUAUGCUUUAUCGAUUGUGGGCAUUUCCUUGCUUUACAUCUACUUCACGCAUUCAGACGGUUGCGGUCUUAACAAGUUCUUCAUCUCCUUCAAUCUAAUACUUUGCCUGAUUGCAAGCGUUUUGUCAGUUAUGCCAGCUGUGCAAGAUCGCUUGCCACACUCUGGUCUCCUACAAAGCUCGCUGGUUACCAUCUACACUGUCUACUUGACUUGGUCUGCUGUUGCCAACAACCCAGAGAAGGAUUGCAAUCCUGGCAUGUAUGGCGUAAUAAAUGGUGUAACAGCUAUCAAUACGACUAUUGCGCCACCAACACCCAACUCGAAAGUGACUUUCGAUACAACAAAUAUAAUUGGCUUAAUUGUUUGGUUGUUCUGCAUUCUCUACAAUUGCAUCAGCUCGGCUGUUGAGGUUUCCAAAAUAAAUAACGACGGCGAAAAGCGCGUCUUAACAGAAGCUCUCUCAGAUUCAGAAGUCGGCAAUGGUGAUGGCAAAGGCGCAAACGACAGCGAGAGUGAAGGCGUUACCUAUUCCUGGUCCAUGUUUCAUAUUGUAUUUGUUUGCGCUUCCCUCUAUGUUAUGAUGACACUUACCAACUGGUAUAAACCAAACUCCGAUAUUGAACUAUUCAACGCUAAUGCUGCUUCCAUGUGGAUCAAAAUUAUAUCUAGUUGGCUUGGAGUCUCCAUAUACGGGUGGAGUCUGGUGGCACCCAUUGUACUAACCAAUCGUGAUUUUAGUUAAAUUGACUGAAAAGUUUCCGGAUGAAGGAAAUAGGCUUUGUAUGGUGCGGAAAAUUU